GCUAUUGCCAAUUGCUGGCCUCUUUUCCCCGGCGAGCAGAAAACCAGAGGGGGGAGAGAGAGAGAGAGAGAAUGGGAGUGAAGAGUCUGGAAGGAGAGAAGGUGAUAUUGGUACCGUACAUGAAGGAGCACGUUGCAAAGUACCACGAGUGGAUGCAAGAUCCAGCCCUCUUACAAGCCACCGGAUCGGAGCCCCUUUCCCUCCAAGAGGAGUACCAGAUGCAGCUCUCCUGGACCCAGGAUCCCCACAAGCAGACUUUCAUUGUCUUGGAUAAGGAAUUGGUGGCUGGAGAGUUCAUCCAUGGGCAUGCCCAUGUUGAAGCCAUGGUUGGUGAUGUGAAUAUAUACAUGAAUGACUUAGAUGAUUCUGAAAUGGCAGAGAUUGAAAUAAUGAUAGCUGAGCCAAAAAGUCGUGGCAAAGGCCUUGGAAAGGAGGCAAUUUUGAUGAUGAUGAGGUUUGCAAUCGAGAAUUUUUCCAUCCAUGUAUUCCGUGCUAAAAUUGGAGAAUCAAAUGAAGCUUCUCUUAGCUUGUUCUGGAAAAUGGUCCAUCUCCUAUCCUCUGCGUGUGUGUGGAUUUAAGGAGGUUUCUUACAGCGAAAUCUUUAAAGAGGUAACAUUGGAGUUACUAAUAACAAAGCUGAAGCUUGAGGAGCUGCAGAAAUUAACCAGUAAUAUGGUUACACAUGAAUAGCCAUGCCCUUUUGGGUUUUUUCCCCCCAUUGUAUCUAUUUUCUUAAAAGACCCUUCUGUUUAGUCCUAGUUCUAGGGGGAACCUAUGAAAUUUUGUUCAUUAAGGUCAGACAAUGUUUAAGUUGGCCAGCACCAAAAAUCUACAGUGAUUUUGGGAAUA